UUUUUAACAUUUGUGGAUUGACAGCUGAGAAUGUGAAUAUUUCACGGAUAUAUGGAAAUAUCGACAAAAAUUAAUAGUUUUUUAAAAUAAAAAUAUAUAUAAAUAAACGCUAUAUAGUUAAUAUUAAAUACUAAAAUGGCGCAUCUACGCGAAACUGCUGAAAAGGCACUGAAAAUGUUGCGCACUUUACCUCGUGUACAAAUAGGUAAUAUACGUCCAAAUCCGAACUCCAAGAAAAAUACAAAGCGUGGACGUGCUCAGCACGGUGGCGAUAAACAUGGCGCUGGUAACAAAGGUUCCGGCCAGCGACAAAAUUACAUGCGAAUUGGUUAUGAAACAGGCAACAACCCCUUUUAUUUGCGUUUCCCCUACGAACCAUAUUACAAAGGCCAUCAUUUACGUCGUCAAUACCCCCCUAUAUCGCUGCUGCAGCUCCAAGUUUUAUUGGAUACCAAUCGUAUUGAUCCCAAACAACCCAUCGACGUUACAACUCUAUGUAACACAGGGCUCCUAAAUCUACAACCUGCUAGCAUGGAAUACGGUUUCCAAUUGACCGACGAUGGCAUUGAUCGCUUCAAAGCAAAAAUAUGUAUCGAAGUGCAACAUGCAAAGGAGUCGGUGAUAGCAGCAAUUGAAAAAAAUGGUGGUGUCAUACGUACAGCUUAUUAUGACCCCAGAAGCUUACAGGCUAUGGUGAAUCCACAAAAGUGGUUCGAGAAGGGUGAACCUAUUCCAAGACGUUUGUUACCACCACAAGAUGCCGUCGAAUACUAUGCCUCUGCUAAAAAUCGUGGUUACCUCGCUGAUCCUGAAGAGAUAAGUAAGGAACGUUUAGUAUUGGCACAAAAGUAUGGUUAUGAACUUCCACGCAUUGAAGAUGACCCCGACUAUGAAAUGUUGAUAAGCCAAAAAGAUGCACGUCAAAUAUUUUAUGGUCUAGAACCCGGUUGGGUAAUAGGACUUCGCGAUAAAGUUAUAGUAAAAUCAAAAGGGUUUCCCGAAGAGCCCUCAAAUACCAAAUCGAAAGAAGACGGAACAAGUUAAAACAAUUAUCACAAUUUGUUUGCAAAGCUAUCAACAUUUGUUAAUUGAUAAAGUGUUUUGUUAUAAAAAUAAACUGUAAUGUUUUAUGAAAAUAACAAGUUAAAA